AUGAAGCCUAUUCAAACGCAAAUUUCACUGUUUGCGGCUCUACUUUUCUUUUUCUCCGGACUUUCCCUUUCUACAGCUUGCAAUAAAGCGCUUUGCGCCAGCGAUGUCAGCAAGUGCUUAAUUCAGGAGCUGUGUCAGUGCAGGCCGUCUGAUGGAAACUGUUCCUGCUGUAAGGAGUGCAUGCUUUGCCUUGGCAAUCUGUGGGAGGAGUGCUGUGACUGCGUAGGGAUGUGUAAUCCCAAGAACUACAGUGACACACCAGCCACCUCCAAGAGCACGGUGGAGGAGCUCUACCGACCAAUCCCCUCGCUCUUCCGCGCCCUCACUGAGGGCGAAGCUCCCAUAAACAUGAUGGUUGUCUCCUUCCCCGUCGCUGAAGAGCUCUCCUACCACGAAAACCUGGUCUCUUUCCUGGAAACCAUGCAGGACCAACACCAGAACAUUUCGUUGCCUGGCAACAGUAUCCAUGCUAGUUACGAUAAUACACAAGAAAACAUGUGCACUGUGGUUUACUUCGAUGACUGUGUCUCUAUCCGCCAAUGUAAGCAAUACUGCGAGUCUAUGGGCGGCUCCAAGUACCGCUGGUUCCACAACGCGUGCUGUGAGUGCAUCGGACCGGAGUGUGUGGACUACGGCAGUAAAGCUGUCAAGUGCAUGAACUGUCUUUUCUGA